AUGGUCAUCAUCCUCCAAGUCGGUGAUGCAUCCGACGGCACUAAUGCAACGCCCGCGGUCCCAGCGAUCGUACGGAACGAUGCAUACUUCCUGAACGCACUCGGCGACCGCUGGGCGAAAGACCAGGGCAUCUUCCAACCUGGCCAGACCUACCGCCUUGAUCGGCUUCCGGCAGGAUACGGUGGUUUUGAAAAGAACCGGGAAAAUAGCAAACAUGUCGACAGGUACCUCUACGGUCACCCCAACGGAGUCAUGCGCUCCCUCAAUGAAGCGUUUCCGCACUUCAAAUAUCUGCAAGAAAAUGGGGGUGCGAUCGGCUGCGACUGCAAGUUGUGCAGUGGCAAGAAGCCGGUGAAGACCAGGGUCUCCAGCGGUAGUCCUGCCGUUCGUACGCAAGCACCAGUGAAGCAGAAGCGCAAGAGUACCCUCACACAUGGAGGAUACCUUUCCGAAUCAUCGGAGCCCAGGCGAAGCCGUCAGGUUGAUGAAGAGGGAAUGGUGGAUGUAUAUCGAUUGUUGCUCGACAAGGUGAAAGAGGCUGGAACAGAGGGCUCCGUGCUCGAGAUGUUCGCCGAUCAGGUAUCGCCUGAUUGGAGAGCGGGUCAUGAGCUGGUGGAGGAGCUGCUCAGCAAGAAAGAUCCGAUGUACUCUCCUCGAUACGGCGAGCUGGUCCUGUUCACUCGGAGUGGACCUGAAAACAUACAUCCUCGCUGGGAGGCGGGUGUUGUCACACAACUGCCCGUGGAGCCAAUUUCUGACGAAGACCUCCUCGGAGUUCCACCCACCAAAACGCACAACGUCUCAUACUCUGGCUUCAGAGUUGAGCCCAUGCCCGAGCCGGACAACAAUCAGAAGCAGUAUUCGUCACAACACAAAUAUGUGCCGCUUCACUCCAUCAGGCCCUUGUCUCUUUGGAGGGAUUGUCUCAAGGGCGAUACCGAUUCACAAACGCAUCCCACCUUGAGACAUGCCCUGACUGUCGCCAGCUCUUUUUGUACUGUGGGACCCAUCAAGUUCCAAGGCACCUGGCCGAGUGCUUCACUUUACAUGAGAGGAUGCUUCAUCGGACCAGAGCUCGUGGUCUUGGGUGACACAGUCCGACUGAUGCCACGCUUGUCGGACGAUCAGGACUCGGUCACAGAUAUCAUGAUCAUUUCAUCGAUCCGCCUCCGCUUCGUGAACAUGGACGAGGCAAAUGAUGAUGAUUAUGACGGAGAGAUACCGUACAAUACAUGCCUUCACGUAUUGGGCAAGGCGUACACGCUCAAUCCAGCGAAAGGAUAUCGCGGUGAAGACACAAAGCCUGCCCUCCCACGUCCCGACCUCGCCAUCUUUGGGACUUGGUAUCCCAUGGUCGAUCCCGACGAACCAAAAGCUAAGCUCGAGAUCCCCUUCGCGCGCAUCCUCGGAAAAUGCUUCGAAGAAUCUGCAAUGAAAGCCUGGCUUUCUCCGCCUGCGACCACGCCUGCAUCGUCCUUUCAGGCAGUGAACGCCCGCCCCAUGACUCCAUACAAGCCAGACCUCUCCCGCGGUUUAGAGGCCGUUCGUGAAGCCCGCCAGUUCAGCGCCGACAACGAUUCACGGAUCGACCGCGAGAGCGAGAAAUCAUGGUUUUGGGCGGAGACCCGCAUCGAGCAGCUUGACUUGCAUGAGGUCAAUGGACGCUUUGUCGGAGUCAAAGACCAGACCAGAGACAAAAUUCAAAUGAGGGCUUGGCGACAGGCGCUGAAGGUGUUGGAUGGCAAGAAGGGAAGCUCUGAGGCGUAUGCGGCGGCGAUCCGAGAGCGAGAAGUGAUACAGCAAUCGCAGUCGCAGCAGGUUGAAGAGGCAUUUGGGAUGAUGGGAGGUGCUGCUCAGCAGGCAGACAGUGGGACCGAGGGUGAGGCUAGCGGGCGUGCUGGUGGAGAGGUGGGCAUUGUGGAGAUUGAAGACGAUGAUGUCGCAGAGACUGAACCACAGGGAGACACGAUGGAUGUGGACGAUCUGCCGCCCUCGCAGGCCACGCCGAAGAAUGGCAUGCUGACGUCGAUACCCAAGCCGAUUGAUCUGAGCGACGAUGAGGAAGAUCAGGAUGAGCUGAUGACGGGCUGGGGUAUUCGUGGGACGUGA